CGACGUCUCUCGUCAUCCUUGAUCAGCUACCACUGCUCUCCCCGCUCCCCUUGCCCCUCUCAUCUCUCAUUGACGCCCAACAUGUCGUCCUUCUUCGGUCUUUCCAAAACCCGCACCUUCAAGCCAAAGCGCAACAUCCCCGAGGGCACAAAGCAGUACCAGCUCAAGCGGUACGCCGAGGCCACCCUCGGCUCAGGCAACCUCCGAGCAGCCGUCCUCCUCCCUGAGGGCGAAGACCUCGAUGAGUGGCUUGCAGUGAACACAGUCGACUUUUUCAACCACCUCAAUAUGCUCUAUGGAACUAUCACGGAGUUCUGCACACCUGCCUCGUGCCCUUCUAUGAGUGCUGGCCCGCGAUACGAGUAUCAUUGGUUGGACCCGGCUGAUCCGAAGUACAAGAAGGCGACUAGAUUGAGCGCGCCGGACUAUGUGGACUGUUUGAUGGCAUGGACACAGGCACUAUUGGACGAUGCAGAGAUCUUCCCCAGCAAAGUCGGUGUCCCAUUCCCGCCUAACUUCCAGUCGACGGUCAAGUCGAUCCUCAGGAGGCUGUUCAGAGUGUAUGCGCACAUCUACAACCACCACUUUGCCCACAUCUGCGCCCUCAGCGUUGAAGCCCACCUGAACACAUCCUACCGCCACUUCCUUCUCUUUGUGAGCGAAUUCGAUCUCAUCGACCCAAAGGAGCUAGCACCUCUUGUAGAGCUCAACGAGGCUAUUCUCGAGGAGAGGGACAACGCUUCGGCCUCUUCGCCCGCUGCGCAGGCAACUCUUCCGGCUGCUGGAAGGACGGCUGUUGCUGCUUGAUGAACAGAUGAGAAGGCUCUUGGAUUUGCCUGCUUCGGACAUCUCUCCUUCCUCCAUCAAGACCAGGACCCUUUUCUCUUUUGACCUGACAACUCUACAGACUCUUUUCUGCUGCAAGACGUGCAACGUCCAGCCGUCUUUGCCGUAUAUGCAUUUCGCUUUCUUUGUACAAAAUCUUUUGGCUUUCAGACAUACAUUACCAUCUUCCAUAC